GAAAAAGAAAAUCUGGCUUCAUAAAAUUGGUAAUUCUAAUGCAACUAAUCUUUGGCGUCAUGCAGAAGUUCAUCAUCCAGAAAAAGAUCCAAGGCCCAACAAAAAAGCAAAAAAAUCAGUGGCAGAAGAUCAAAGUACAUUAGAUAAAUUCGUAGGUCAGAAAUAG